GCGGACCUGUUUAGAUGUGGCACCGCAGCGACGUGAACAUGGCACUGGUUCAGAUGGCCUCUUUGUACCGGGGCGUGUUAGCGGUCAGAACCGUUACCGCCGGUGGCAAGCCGCUGAUCCCCGGUCUGGUCCUGACCCACCUCCGAACUUUCUCGGUGCGGAAAGAACCGGAGCUGGAACAGAACCCGUUCUACAACAAAUACCAGGACAAGAUCCAGAAACUGCGCAGUGUCAAACCACAGGAGUACAAGGCUCGACUGGAGAAAAGGCAUGACGGCAAGACUGAGGUUCUUGGACACUCUAAGCAGGCAGAGUUUGUCCACUUUGAGGAGAAGGAGUUGGAGAAGCACCGAAGAUCAGCUGACAGUGACGGCGCGUCUGGAGGUUUCACAAAAAACAAGACUCUGGACUCCAUCUUCAACCUGGAGAUGAUCCGUGAUAAGACGGGGGAGCAGAUCGCAGAGCUUUGGAUGAAGUAUUUUUCCACCAAAGACACCAUCAGCGCCAUCAUCCCGACGCAGAUGUACGCGCUGAUGUCCAGCAGAGCGAAGUCGUGUCCGAUGUUCCUGUUUGCUUUACCUCAGCGUGAAGGCUACGAGUUCUUUGUGGGUCAGUGGUCCGGACACCAGCUCCACUUCACCUCCCUCAUCAACGUCCAGAUGCUGGGUGAGAAUGCUCCCAGUCAGCUGAUCCUCUACCAUUAUCCAGACCUGCAGGACAACAAGGGUGUGGUCCUCAUGAUGGCUGAGAUGGACCCAAAGUUCUUUACGGUCCUCCAGGCCCAGUGUUUGGCCAAUCAGGUGCAGUUGUUUUACGGUACACAGAGGCAAGAGACGUUCCAAUUGGUGGAGACCUUUAACCACAGUCCGGCCAACUUUAAACACAUGUCUGUGAUCGCGGAGCUGGAACAGAGCGGGCUGGGACCAGCAACACCCCCUUCAGCUUCAUCGUGACAU